AGGGAGGCGCCGAGCGGGGAGAGCACCGGGCGGGCUGAGGCAGCCGCGGAGCGGGGUGGCCGCGGCCCUGGCACGGCGGCGCCCGGGGGCGGGAGCCCAGGGGCCGGGCGGAGGAAGAGGAGGGGCGCGGGCAGCGGCGAGAGGAGUCGUCUGGAGGAGCCGCCGCGCCGAGGCGGCGACGGAGAGCUCUAGGGGAAGAUGUUGUCUCUUCUGACAUCUUGCGAUUGAGAUACCUGAGAACAGGUUCAGUAAGAAUCAAGUUCCUGAAGAAGACACUACGAAUGUAUUGAAAUAAGAAGCUGUAAACAUUUUUUUCCCCCCUGUCGCCUGUGCUGCAUAAGAAACCAUAAUGUGAAGCACUUCUCGGACACUCUCCCAGAUGUAUGAAGUCUCCAAAGCUCGCUGGCCAGACUGGCUGCUUUAGUCAGUGGUACUUGCCACGUUUGUGGUGUGUUUAUAGUACUCUGAAGAGACACCAGUUUUUUUUAUGAAAUUCCCAGAAGGAGCAUUUUAUUAUGGACAGCUUUUUCUGUAUGUAUAUCCACAGAGAUUAAUGCCUAGAGUUGAAAGGCAUUUAGUAUACGCUGCAAAGUUGGCUUUCCCUCAGCUUUUCCAGCUGUAUUGUCUCCCGUGUACACUGGGAACUGCCUGAACCGCAGAUGCAGCCAUGGAGCUGCGUGAACUUGUGAGCCACACCAGAAGUCUUGCCCAGGGCUGGUCCCAGCCGCCGCUGCAGGAUGUCAGCUGAGCUGUGAUAGUGCCAUGCUGAUCCCAGCACAGCACACAGAUGGAGUGACACCCGUCCUGCAGAGCAGAGGCUGCUGAGUUUUACGAGGAAGGGUGGCUGGUUGCUGUCACCUCUGUCAAGUUCCGCGCACAGGAUCGUCCCGUGCCGGGUGAACGCGCCUCUCCCCGCUCCUGAGAUGCUGAAGAUGUGCUGCAGCUUAUGACACAUCCAAGAGAAGAAGCUUUAUAAAAUGGCUCAGACCAGCUUGCUGCAGGGAAAGCAGUUUUACUGUAGGGAGUGGGUUUUCCACAAGCUUCAGCACUGCCUCCAGGAGAAAGCGAGCUGCAGCGGCAGCGCUGCCAACAAACCAUCUCUUGUAGGGAAUCCUGGGAAUAACACCGGUGUUGUCUCUGGGAAAGGAGCUGCCUGGGGUGUGUUGUUGGUAGGAGGGCCCGGCAGUGGGAAGACAGCCCUCUGCACUGAGUUACUGUGGCCAAGCUCACCUGCCAACCUGCAAAGAGGCUUACAUCGCCAGGCCCUGGCCUUCCAUUUCUGCAGGGCCCAGGACUCUGACACGCUCUGUGUUGGAGGCUUUAUUCGAGGUUUAGUCACACAGAUAUGCCGCAGUGGACUGAUCCAGGGAUAUGAGGACAAACUAAGAGAUCCUGCUAUUCAAAGUCUCUUGCAGCCCGGGGAAUGUGAGAGGAACCCUGCUGAAGCGUUUAAAAGGUGCAUUCUGCUGCCUCUCUUGGGAAUGAAGCCCCCUCAGCAGAGCCUCUUCAUGCUGGUGGACUCGGUGGACGAGGGCUGUAACGUUUCUGAGGGUGAACAGACUUCCACGAGUUUGUCUGGGACGAUAGCAGAGAUUUUAGCCAGCCACUUCGAGUUCUUCCCUCCCUGGCUGCUCCUCCUGUGUUCUGCCCGCAAGCAGAGUAAAGCUGUUACAAAAAUGUUUACAGGUUUUCGAAAAAUAAGUCUGGACGACCUCCGAAAAGCUUACAUUGUGAAAGAUGUGCAGCAGUAUAUUCUGCAUCGUUUGGAUCAGGAAGAAGCCCUGAGACAGCACCUCACAAAAGAAACGGCAGAAAUGCUGAAUCAGCUUCACAUCAAAAGCAGCGGCUGCUUUUUGUAUCUGGAACGUGUCCUAGAUGGAGUUGUGGAGAAUUUUAUCAUGUUACGGGAGAUCCGUGAUAUUCCAGGAACAUUAAAUGGCCUCUACCUUUGGCUCUGUCAGAGACUUUUUGUGAGAAAACAGUUUGCAAAGGUCCAGCCCAUCCUUAAUGUAAUUCUUGCAGCCUGCAGGCCCUUGACCACCACGGAAUUGUAUCAGGCGGUGUGGACCAAAAACAUGACGCUGACGAUGGAAGACUUUCAGCGCAAAUUGGAUGUCCUGUCCAAAGUCCUUAUCGAUGGCCUUGGAAAUACAAAAAUCUUGUUCCAUUACAGUUUUGCGGAGUGGUUGCUGGAUGUAAAGCACUGUACACAGAAAUACCUGUGUAACGCCGCAGAGGGACACAGAAUGCUGGCGAUGAGUUACACCUGCCGGGCAAAGGAUUUAACGCCGUUAGAAGCUCAAGAGUUUGCAUUGCAUCUCAUUAAUUCUAAUUUACAGUUGGAGACUUCAGAGCUGGCUUUGUGGAUGAUAUGGAAUGGCACACCCGUCAAAGACUCCCUGUCAACCUUAAUUCCUAAAGAGCAAGAGGUGUUACAGCUGCUGGUGAAGGCUGGUGCCCACGUCAACAGCGAAGACGACCGCACGUCUUGCAUCGUCCGGCAGGCCCUGGAGAGGGAGGACUCCAUCCGCACCUUGCUGGACAACGGGGCAUCCGUAAACCAGUGUGAUUCCAACGGGAGAACGCUGCUGGCCAACGCAGCCUACAGUGGCAACCUCGACGUGGUCAACCUGCUGGUGUCGAGGGGAGCGGAUCUGGAGAUCGAAGACGCCCACGGGCAAACAGCGCUGACCUUGGCUUCUCGGCAGGGCCACACCAAGGUGGUCAACUGCCUCAUCGGCUGUGGGGCCAACGUCAACCACACGGACCACGACGGCUGGACGGCGCUGCGCUCGGCGGCGUGGGGAGGGCACACGGAGGUGGUGUCCGCGCUGCUGUACGCCGGGGUCAAAGUGGACUGCGCCGACGCCGACAGCCGGACGGCGCUGAGAGCGGCGGCCUGGGGAGGGCACGAAGAUAUCGUGCUGAAUCUGCUCCAGCACGGGGCUGAAGUUAAUAAAGCCGACAACGAGGGCAGGACGGCUCUGAUCGCGGCUGCCUACAUGGGGCACAAAGAGAUCGUGGAGCACCUGCUGGACCAUGGUGCGGAGGUGAACCACGAGGACGUGGAUGGGAGGACGGCGCUGUCUGUGGCUGCGCUCUGCGUGCCCGCCAGUAAGGGCCACGCCUCGGUGGUCAGCCUCCUCAUCGACCGCGGUGCUGAAGUCGACCACUGUGACAAGGAUGGCAUGACGCCGCUGCUGGUGGCCGCCUACGAAGGACACGUGGAUGUGGUUGAUCUGCUCCUGGAAGGAGGAGCUGAUGUGGAUCACACGGACAACAACGGCCGGACGCCGCUUCUGGCAGCAGCCUCCAUGGGCCACGCCUCAGUGGUGAAUACUCUCUUGUUUUGGGGUGCAGCUGUUGACAGCAUUGACAGUGAAGGUAGAACGGUCCUGAGCAUAGCAUCUGCGCAGGGCAAUGUUGAAGUAGUACGGACUCUGCUGGACAGGGGGCUAGAUGAAAAUCACAGAGAUGAUGCAGGCUGGACACCUUUGCACAUGGCAGCUUUUGAAGGUCACAGGUUGAUCUGUGAAGCUCUUAUAGAACAAGGUGCUAGAACAAAUGAAAUUGAUAAUGAUGGACGGAUACCUUUCAUAUUAGCUGCGCAGGAAGGUCACUAUGAUUGUGUGCAGAUGUUACUGGAAAAUAAAUCCAACAUUGAUCAGAGAGGCUACGAUGGGAGAAAUGCUCUCCGGGUUGCUGCCUUAGAAGGUCACAGAGAUAUAGUAGAGCUACUGCUCAGCCAUGGAGCAGAUGUGAACUACAAAGAUGCUGAUGGCCGGCCGACACUUUAUAUCCUAGCAUUAGAAAACCAGCUUACAAUGGCUGAGUAUUUUUUAGAAAAUGGUGCAAAUGUCGAAGCAAGCGAUGCUGAAGGAAGAACAGCACUCCAUGUUUCCUGCUGGCAGGGCCAUUUGGAGAUGGUGCAGGUGCUGAUAACGUACCACGCUGAUGUGAACGCUGCAGAUAACGAGAAGAGAUCCGCUUUGCAGUCUGCUGCGUGGCAAGGCCACGUGAAGGUCGUGCAGCUUCUCAUUGAGCAUGGUGCUCUGGUUGACCACACUUGUAAUCAAGGUGCUACUGGACUCUGCAUUGCAGCCCAAGAGGGGCACAUUGACGUUGUCCAGAUAUUACUGGAGCAUGGUGCUGAUCCCAAUCACGCUGACCAAUUUGGGCGCACUGCUAUGCGGGUUGCAGCCAAAAAUGGACACUCCCAGAUUAUCAAAUUACUGGAAAAAUAUGGUGCAUCGACUCUGAAUGGUUGUACUCCGUCUCCAGUCCACACAAUGGAGCAGAAGCCCUUACAAUCAGUCUCCUCUAAAAUGCAGUCCUUAACCAUGAAGUCCAACAGUUCAGGGAGUACUGGAGGAGACAUGCAGCCUGGAAUGCGAGGAUUGUCCAAUGGGCCUGCACACGCCUUCAGUUCUCCUUCGGAGUCUCCCGAUUCUACGGUUGACCGUCAGAAGUCAUCUUUAUCAAAUAAUUCCCUGAAAAGCUCCAAAAAUUCUUCUCUCCGCACCACGUCCUCGACGGCCACCGCUCAGACGGUGCCCAUCGAUAGUUUCCACAGCCUGUCAUUCACGGAGCAAAUCCAGCAGCAUUCCCUGCCACGCAGCAGAAGCAGGCAGUCCAUUGUUUCCCCUUCUUCCACAACUCAUUCCCUGAGUCAAAAUCAUAAUUCACCCAGUAGCGAGUUUGAAUGGAGCCAAGUGAAACCUAGCUUGAAAUCAACUAAAGUGAACAAAGGGGGCAAAACAGACAACUCCAGCAAGUCUGGGUCAGCUGGAAAAAAAAUAAAGCAGAGUAGUUCCUCCCAACCCAAAGUGCUAGAGUAUGAAAUGACUCAGUUUGAUAAACGAGUACCUAUUGCCAAAUCUGGCACAAGCAUGCCACUGAAAUCAAUGCCACCAGAACCACAGUGCAAAAUUUUGGUCCCUCCAGCUCAGCAAGAAGUUGGUCGAUCUCAGCAGCAGUUCCUGAUUCACCAACAGAGUGGGGAGCAGAAGAAGAGAAAUGGCAUUAUGACAAAUCCAAAUUACCAUCUUCAGAGCAAUCAGGUUUUUCUCGGCAGGGUUUCUGUCCCACGAACAGUGCAGGACAGAGGGCAUCAGGAUGUGUUGGAAGGCUAUCCCCCCGCAGAGACAGAACUCAGCCUUAAGCAAGCCUUAAAACUUCAGAUUGAAGGUAGCGACCCAAGCUUCAACUACAAGAAGGAAACACCAUUGUAAAAGGCCAAUUCCAUGAUGCUGUGAACAGAAGCGCUUCUGCUCCCGAUGAUUUAUCAGCUGGCUGGGAUGAAAGCAAACAGUGCUUGUUUAGUCCACCUAGAAAUUCAAGAAUGUGAUUCCUACAGUUCAGUUACCUUAAUUACUGUAACGUGCCUACAUUUUCAGGCUGCCUUCUCAGUAUAACCCUCUCUGCUUCGAAAUUUUAUUUUGUGUACUUUGUAUUUAAUACACAGAAUGAGCACUUUUUUUAAUUGCAGAAAGAUAUAUGCUGUAUUUCCCUGACCACAGCUGAAAAUGGUAAGAGCCAGGAAUUCUGAUUUCCUAUUCCAGAUCGCUUGGUAGAGGUGCAUGUGCCACAGUGAACUGUGUUAUGGAAAAGGCAGUGCAUUUUGUAUUUAUUUUUCUGUGGCUAAAGAAAAAAAAGCAACGAGUUUGUCACAUUUGCAUUGUUGUCAUGUAUUGUCAGUUCCCCGUGUACUUCAAAAGGUUCCCUCCAGAAUUACAAGUCUUGUAACAGUAUUUUAUAAAUACUGUACUUGUGCGUUCUGUCUGUGUAAUUGCUGUUCAGUGGUGGCAAAGAAGUCGGACUGCAGCCACCUGCAGUGUCUUUGGGAUUUUUAAGAGGCAAAAAUCUACUCUCUGGUACUACAGCACCAAAUCCGGAUGGCAGAUUGGGACCACUGAAAGCAAUAGGCAAAUUUUGGACACUUGGUCUUCAAUAGGCUCUGUUAUUGCUACGGUGAUGAGGUAACUAAUAUGGGCAUGUCUGAGGUGCUAAAAGGUCUGAUCCUGCUUUCUUGUAUAUCUCUAUACAUUAGAAACAGCUCUUUCUCUUUUCCAAGGUAAAGGACUAUUUUUGGGAAUGUCAGUAAAGCAAACCAUGGAAAAUACAGACCCUUUGUGAGCGAGGCUGAGAGAAUACCCAGCAGGAGUGCAGUGGAAAAGCACAGCGACAGCGUUGCCUGGGGAGUGCAGAGGUGGCUGAGUUAGCCCUGUCCUGAGACAAUAACUCCUUAAAGCACAAACUUGUAUGAAUGUGGUUACUGCUUCAUGGGGAUUAGGUAGAGCCAGCGUGUCUCUGUACCUGUAGCACGGUGAAUCAGCAGUCAGGAGAGCCUAUCCAUGGAUAGUGGAAAGCUGGUUUCCUGCUCUUACAGCAGAAGUAUUUUACUUGUGUGGAAGAGAGCAAAGUCAAAGUCAUUGUUGUGAAAGUGAGCAGUGUGAGUUUUCCCUUUGAAUGUGCACAUCUUACUUGCACAGUUCCGCAAGUGAUAAAAUGAAAAAAGUGGGUUCUUUUCUCCUACAAAUGCAAGCUAUAUUCUACUAUUCACCAUUACACAGCCUUGCUCUUUAGAAAAUAAGCCUGUUUUUGUAUGCAAGUGUUUCUUCUAAAGGCUUGGGUUUCAUCUUUUUCGUACUCUAAUUCUGAUCAUUCCAGAAAUAAGAUGAUGGAGAGCUGAGGUUAUUUUUCAUAGAUGAUUAAUUAGAUCCUUAAACUUUGAUGAAUGGCCUCUGGAUGUAGAUGUAGUGCAUAUUCUGAGGCACUGAAGGGCUCCAUGUCUGGCUAUUAUGAUCAACUGUCAUCAGAAUACUUUUUUUUUUUUUUUAAUCUUAUACCUCCAUUCUUAUUUGCUCUUUCCUAAAUGUAAAAGAAGAAUCUUUUAUAGUCAGGCAUUCAGCAUAUAGUAAAAUUAGAUGGUAGAAGCUGACACACGGCAAUAUGGAUUAUUCUGAAUGUUUCAUGUAUUGAAUUUCUUGUCCCUGUGGGACAAUUAUAAAAUAAACAUAACAGGAGUCUGGCAGAAUGGCCUUAAGAGGGUUAGUGGUUUAGAAAAGAGAAAGUACCAAAAUGUUCUCAGCAGACUUGUUCCAAACCUCAAGUGUAGUACAUUUGCAAUGCUGUGCAAGAAUACGACUUUCCUUAGUGAUUAGAUGUAUGUUUUGUUCUGUGGAAAGGGAUCCCUGAAUGCCAACAUUUUUUCUACUGACCUUGACUGUCAUUGGGAUUAUAUUUAUUUAAUUUUAUUGUGUUGUUAUUAGUUGCACCUUGUGGACAGAGGACGUAAAAAUAUGGCCAAUUUCACAAGGGGCCACAACUUACAGAUAGUCUGGUGGGUUUUGUGUGAAUAGUAUUUACAUUUGAAACAGUCACUGGGGAAACCCUCUCUCCAAAUCAGCAGAAAGUAGACCUGUCAAAAAUGUUUUCAGAAUGACAAUUCUGCCACAUUUGAAUAUCCCUUUGGAAUGGGGCAGGAAUUGUUUUAAAUCAUUUAUUUUCUCAGAUGGUCUGUGUAAUUCCACAUUGCUGUUGUGUGUGAUUUUUAGCAUCACCAUUUCUGAGGGGUUUGUGUGCCAAGCAAAGUUGCUGUUCCCCCAUUGUUCCCUCUGCCCUGCCCUUUCCAAUCUGUAAAUGGAGUGGAGGUGAGCAGAGAGGUGCAGCUGUGACUCAGCACAGCUCCUUCUGCCAGGGCAGCAUUUCUCACCACCCAAAAAACCUGAAUAAAACAGGAAUCCUGUUUCUCUUCAUCCCAUUUUGCUGGUCCUUCCAAGGUCAUCUCCACAAGACAUCCAAAAUUCUUGAUGGGAGAGCUGGGGAAAAAGACUGUUUUGUGGACAUGGAUAUCAAUACUGGGUGCAUGUGGAAAAACUCAUCUGGAGAGAAAUGCAUUAAGAGAUAAAGAGGCACAAUUGAUGCAUUUUUGUCUUCUCUGUGAUCAGUAUUGAAAACAUUACCAUUUCUUUAAAAAGGUGUUUUCCCUCCUCAGUUAUUCUGCUAUGCAAAUGUCUGUUAUGCUUAAUAUUCCCCAUCUGAACUCCUCAGUUAACUUGGUUUGCAGAUAGACUGUUUUUUCCUGGAGUGGGUUGUAAAUAGCCUUUAAUGUACAUUGAAUGAAUUUCACAUUGUAAAAUUUUUAUUUUAUUCCUUGUAUUAUAUUAAGCGAAAAUCCCUGUGUAUAUUAAAGUGCAUAAUAAAUAUAUUUGCUUUUCAGCAGACAUCUAACUGUUUUAAUUUUUCUACCUCAUUUCCUGGGACAUUUCAAGAAAAGGUUAUUAAACUUGAUUCACUUUCAUGUAGUACUAAAUGAAGCGUGAUGUGUGUGUCCAGUAAGCAGCCCAGGUUAGGCAACCUCAGACCCUGGCAUAAAUUCCUGUGGCUUUGAGCAUAUGCAGGAGAAGAUUUGCUGCAUGUCCUUCUGUUUAAAGUGACCAUGAUAUACUGUAAAUACCACAAGGGCCAAUAAAUUAACUAUUUCUGUUGCUGUAAGUUCUUAACAAGCUCAAAUGGGUUUUAAUUAUUGCCUCGAUGAGUUUUUCUCUGUAGUAUUUUCAGCUUGAGCAAAAGCUCUCUUACUUUGAGUGGCUUCUCAUUUUUCUUGAAUGUGUUAUUAGAAAAGGCAGGGGAGAGACUUUCUGGUCUUUGCAAAAAUACCCUUUGGCUCUGUGAUCUUGUCUCACUUCACAUGGUAGAGCCACCAUGAUUUCUCUGCAGAGGGUUUUUGAGUGUGCAGGAGGAGUUUGGCUGUGCCUUCUGCAAAUGAUGCUUCAGAUUUACCCCCCAGGUAUUCUGGUUCACACAGAUCCCAGCAGCUGGUACAUAUGGCUCAACUGAUUCCUAAAAUUAGGUGAAUGGCAAAAUUGUCAUUGUCUGCUGACUUGUUUCUGUGGAUUUCUGUUGUUUCUCACAGCAGUUAUUGACCCUCUUUUGUUAAGUUCUCAGUCUGAAAUAACAAAGUAUGAGAUGCGUUAAUUCAGUGGCU